AGCUGGCAGAGUUCCAGUGAACAUGGGUCAAACAGGACUGUAGACUGUCCAUGGGCCGUCGAUGCCGUCGCAUUCAAGCACAGCCACUCGUUUAUGCUAGUGAUGCCUAGUGAAGCCAUCCCCGAGUCCCUGGAUCAACAAACCGACGUCACUGUUGCCUUUGGCCUGCGAAUCGACUUUAACAAUCAGAACUCCUUCGACACAGCCAGAUCCAGGCUUCUUCGCUUAACAUCUUCCCCUGCAAGCGUUUGAGACAUUGACGACUAUGCCAUUCCUCCCUUUUUGAUCAUUCCGCACCCUCCAGUCCCAACCCGACAUGGCGCCACCGGUCGAAAUCUCCAUACCCAACACCACCGUCUCAAGCACCUCCAAACCCUACACGGUCUACAACAUCACGAUCCGCCUUCCCCUACGGUCUUUCACCGUCCAAAAGCGCUACUCUGACUUCCUCGAUCUCCACACAGGCUUGACAGAUCAAGUCGGCUCCCCGCCACCUGCUUCUCUACCCGCGAAGUCAUGGUUCUCGAAGACCAUUUCAAAUCCGCAAUUGACAGAAGAGCGACGGCAAGCGUUAGAGACAUACCUUAAGACAAUCAAUCAAACAGACGACGGAAGAUGGCGCACAACGAGCGUGUGGAGAGCGUUUUUGAAUUUGCCCAGCUCCUUCGCCAGCCAGACAUCCAGCAAAGCUGGCGCAUUGCAUUCGGUCAUAACAGGACCAGGCGGAGGCGGUGCUCCCAUCACAGACCCGGUAGUGUGGCUGGACUGCCAUCGAGACUUGAAAGCACAAUUGCAAGAUGCACGGCUCAACCUGACAAAUCGCGAUCAGGCCUCGACGCUCCAGAAACAGCACGAGGCUAGCGCGGCGGCCAAGAGCAGUCUUGUCAAGGCUGGCACGAUGAUCAAGGCUCUCGAGGAAGGGCUGGCGAAUAUACAAAAACCUUCAGAAGGAUGGGGUGGACAGAAACUCGGCGAAGGCGAAAUCAGACGGAGAAAAGACCUGAUAGCAUCGGCUCAAAAGGACAAGGACGGACUGGAGAACCUGCUCAACGCUAUGGCGACGAAGUCAAAACUGGAUAACGCGGUAGCAUCGAUGCAGGAGACGCAGAGUCUUAUGGGGACCAAGCCGAAGGCCGGUGGGAGAGUGCUUGGAAAGGAGACUGCCGAGACGAGAGAACUGGACAAUCACGGUGUCCUUCGACUACAGAAACAGAAGAUGGCCGACCAAGAUUUGGACGUGGAAGAACUCCGCAAAAUCGUUCAGAGGCAGAAGGAAUUGGGCAUCGCGAUCAACCAGGAGCUAGAGGUGCAGAAUGAGAUGCUCAGAAUGGUGGACGAGGAUGUCGAUCGUGUCCAAGGCAAGAUCAACAUCGCAAAGAGAAGAGUUGGAAAGAUAUCCUAGACGUGAAUUUGGGUAUCUCAUUUGUAACAUCACUUGGGUAUCAUAGCGCCUUGCGACGACUGUAUCACAAUGUUCUGCAGUAUCAGCAUCACCAACAUAUUAUUUUUCCGAUUUUGGAUCGACAAAGGCAUCCGCUUCUUCUGGCGUGACAUCCGACAAUUCAGAGGCCUCGCUGCUGAUCAAACCGAGCUUGUUCUUCCGGAUCUGGUACCACAGCAUACCUCGGUUUCCGCCCAACUGUUCUGCAAGAAUCUUCUCCUUCAGAUCUCGGAUCACGUCGUUGUACAAUCCUGGCUCCUCGAAACCAAGCAUUUCUUCGCGGAGAGUGCCGAGCCCUUCCAGCACUUUUCCGUAGUUGUCGCCAUAACUGGUGCGGAUCCACCCCUCCAAGAUGGUGGCCAUUUCUUGCACAAUAUCCUUUAUGCGGUCCAAAUUGUCUCCGCGACUCAGCAUUUGCUUGAAUUCCGGGAUGGCAUUCUCUGGUGAGAGAUGAUAUCUCUUCGCCUUGCCCAGCAGCUCAUCGACGUUAAGCCCGGACAGUGGCUUCUCCGUUUCGCGGUAUCGUCUCCGACCUUUGGCUCUCUGCGGGACCUUUUUGACCUCGGCAGCCUCAAUCAACUUAGCAAGAGCGGCUUUACUUCGUUCCUGAAGCUCUUUUGGCUGUUCACGGUAUGCUUUGAACGCUUCGGGCUCGUCUGGAAGGUUGCCUGGGCCGUGGAUGGCUCGGUAUUUGAUUGCUCCUUCUAUUCUGUGCAGCACGGGGGAAAAGGUGUCUUCCAUUGCCAUAAUCUCCUCCUCAUCAUCCAUCAGGCUCAUAUUGUCGACAAAGUCGCUCAUGCUCUUCACUAGCUUUUGGCUUGGCAGAUUGCGAUGCUCGGUUAGCUCCUUGCCGGAGACAGUAAGCACUUUGUCCAGUGGAGGGAAGCGAUAUGAUCGCAUAUCUUCAGCGAACGGCAGGACGUUCUCCACCAAGCAUUCAAUAUCUGCUUCCACAAAUGGCGAAAGAAUGGUUAGUAUUGGAUCCUGCAUGUCUUUCUUCACCAGUCUACCCACCGCCACCGAGCCCAACUCGAAGAGGGCAUGCACCAGCGAGGAGAGGGCAAGAGCAGCUUUAUCAUUGCCCUUUUGGGCGACGAUCAGGUUGCUGUUGUCGAGAAGCAUGUAUCGUUCCACGUGGUCAACCGGAAUAAAACCUAAG